UGACGUCCAUUGCGAGCAUCACUGCAUCCAACAUUUAUCCCAACAGCCGACUCCACCUCUCCAAAAACGAAAAAAAAGCUAUAAUUUAUUAGGAUUAAAUAAGAAUCCGUUCAUUGUAUUCUUUUUAAAACAAUGGAGUUAUACGGAAAGAUGGCUGCUACGCAAGACAACAAACAAAAGGAGAACUCUGAUCAAAACUUUGAUUACAUGUUCAAGUUGCUGAUCAUUGGGAACAGCAGCGUUGGAAAAACAUCCUUCCUCUUCCGCUACGCUGAUGAUACUUUCACAUCUGCCUUUGUCAGUACGGUGGGCAUCGACUUUAAGGUCAAAACUGUCUAUAAGAACGACAAAAGGAUCAAGCUUCAGAUCUGGGACACAGCUGGGCAGGAAAGGUACAGGACUAUCACCACUGCCUACUACAGAGGGGCCAUGGGCUUCAUCCUAAUGUAUGACAUUACUAACGAGGAGUCUUUUGCUGCUGUGCAGGACUGGGCGACCCAGAUUAAGACAUACUCUUGGGACAAUGCCCAGGUAAUCCUCGCAGGAAACAAAUGCGACAUGGAGGAAGAUAGGAUAGUGUCUGUGGACAGCGGGAGACUGCUAGCAGAACAGCUGGGAUUUGAGUUUUUUGAGACAAGUGCAAAGGACAACAUCAACAUCAAGCAGACUUUUGAACGCUUGGUGGACAUCAUUUGCGACAAGAUGUCAGACACGCUUGAGGCCGACCCCUCCGUCACCACAGGAACGCCCACAGCCAGACUGACGGAUAACCUGACGCCCCCACAGCAGUCUGACUGUAGCUGCUAGUGUUGUCCAUCCAGGCCAUUCACUUGUCUUCUGACACAGAAUAAGUUACUGAACCUCAAAUCUUUGACCUGGCUUUUGGUGUUAAUGACAUAGCAAACUAGCAAGAUUGUGCCAAACACAAGUGUCAAACCUUGUCCUUCCUUUAUGCCAUAAUACCAGUAUACAGGUCUUUUCAGGGGUUGUUAGUGUACCUGUAUUCCCUGCACUGCAAUAUCUCUCCUAUUAGUCAUUUUAGCAAAAGCAGAAAUGAGUUGAACUUUAGAUGCUCUGCAAUCAUUCCCAUGUCUCUCAGGGGAAUUAUAAAUGUCUGCAAAUUUAUAAAUUCUACUAUAUGUCCAAAAUAUGUGUAAUAGAUUGAGAGGAUGUUGUACUCGCAUUUUGCCGGUGAGUCAGUUGGAUAUGUUUGUGUGAGACCGCGUGUUCGGAAAAGCACUGCGAAAGCUAAAAAAAUUUAGAAAAAAUAAAUGUGGCCUUGAAGUGGU